GAGACGCUCUUUAAAGGUCUCAUUUUACUCUGAGGCUGUGACACACUGCUCAGCUCCUCUCUCUUCUUCACUCACCACAACAACCGUUUCUCUUAACAUUAUGAUGGAUCUGAGGAUUUUACUGUUUUUCGUGACUGUGCCCUGGAUAUUUUGUGAACCGGCAAGAACCAGUAAAGUGGUGCCUAAACACAAAGGGAUAUUGAAAAUAGGAGAUGAUGAAGAAUUAAUCUCAGACAGUAGAACUGUCAUGGAAGCCAAGAAACCAAAGAAAAAAGUCAUUCUUAGCACAGACUAUGAUAGUCCAGUUGACACAGAUGAUGAAGCUCCGGGAGCAGACCAUAAAGAUAACAUGGAACUUCCCACAUGCCUGAUGUGUGUGUGUCUAACUGGAUCGGUGUACUGUGAGGAGGUUUCUCCUGACAUGACAGCAGUUCCUCCACUGCCAAAGGAAACGGCUUAUCUCUAUGCACGCUUCAACAAAAUCGCUAAAAUUACCAACAAAGACUUUGCCGAUAUUGCCACACUGAGAAGAAUCGACUUGACUGGCAAUCGGAUCUCUGAAAUAGAAGAUGGAGCCUUUUCAAAACUCAGCCAGCUUGAGGAACUUACACUAGCUGAGAACAAACUGGUCAAACUGCCAAUGCUGCCGGCCAAACUUGUGUCUCUCAAUGUCAACCACAAUCUACUUAAAACAAAGGGAGUAAAAGCAAACAUUUUCAAGAAACUCACCAAGCUAUCAUACCUGUACCUUGGAGACAACGGGCUGGAGGCUGUCCCGCUGCUGCCGGAAACCCUUCGCGUGGUUCAUCUGCAUAACAACAACAUAACGUCACUGACGGAUGACACAUUCUGCAAAGGAAAUAACACGCACUACAUCAGGUACAACAUGCAGGAGGUUCGGCUGGACGGAAACCCGAUAACGUUGGCCCAGCAUCCCAACAGCUUCAUCUGUCUGAGAGCUCUACCAAUUGGACACUACAACUGAUCCGCUGAGAAGAAGAAAAUGUUCCUUAAGCCAUUGUCCAACUGGCAACCACUGUUAAGAUGUUAGACAGCACAUUCACAAAGACUUAACAGCUUAAUAAAGAAUUUUGGGUGCUUCGAGCAUUUAGACAUUUAUGAUCAUUUACAUAAUUUGUUAGAAGCAUAUACAGGCAAUAUCAACUUUUUGUCUUUUUUUUUUUUUUCGACCUACAACUUUUUUUUUUUGUACAGUGUAAUCAUUUUGUUAAUGUUUUUGCAAGUGUAAAAUUUUAGCAAUGGCUGUGAACUUAAAAUUUGAGAAAGAUAUUCAGUGCUUACUGUAACUGAUACCCAAUGCUUGUACAUAAAUUCAUUUUGGACUGAC